AUGUCAUUCUUCAAAAAUGUGGCGGCUGGACUCAACAUGCGUAGUCGCGACACCAUUCUCAAGGAAUCGUUAAUAAACAAUUUGUCAGAAUGCGUAAAAGAUAUUCAGUAUCAAAACCAAUUCGAAGAAAACUUCCAUAGCGUACUCGGCUCGACCGACUCAACUAAUACACUAUGUGUAGCGCUGGAAGCAGUUUUUUUACACGGACUGAAGGACACGUUUUUGAAAAAAGCUAAAAAUGUAUUAUCUGGCGACCCAGAUCAAAGACCUCAACCCAAUUUCUGGCCACUCGUGCUCGUUCUAUCGCACAGACAGAACAUAGACCAAAUAUCAUCGUUGCCACAGAUCAACACAGAGAUAGGCCAGUGCAGAGCCUGGCUGCGUAUUGCACUCAAUGAAUGUCUGCUGUCAUCAUACAUGUCGACACUUCUUCGCAAUAUAUCAGCUGUGAAACCAUUCUACAGCAGAAGUGCUUUCGUUUGUGAUACUGAAAUUUUGGAAGUUGCACAGAAGUUGAUUGAAGGUUUGGAGUCAUGUGUCCAGUUUAACUUGCCUAUCAAUUCCAGCUUGUUGAACCAAUGGCCAGAGCAGGUGUUGAUGUUGGCUGGAAUAUGGGUACCUACUAUGAGAGCUGCCCCAAUAAGUGCUGGACUGGAUGUCGCUAGCACUAUUACUGAUGAAGUGAUCAAACCCAAGGUAGCAUCAACACCAACUCACACUUCCAAUAUCACUGGUUUAGGUAGGAUGCUGGCUCUGAAUGAAGAUGAAGCUUUAGACUUCAUUUUAUCUAAGGAUGCAAAGCAAAUCACUAGAGACCCUGAGCCGGAAAAGUGUGAUGAAAGUAAAGAUGACCUAAAGAAAGAUAGUCCAAAUACUUUUACAGAUAAUUUUGCAGCAGCUGCUGAAAUGGAAAAUUGUGCUUUGGAUUUUGAGAAGCCUUCCACGAGCAUAGAUCCAAAGGAUGAAUAUUUUUCUCCAUCGUCAUUGGAUUCAUCAGAUUUUGUUGCUCCUGGUGAUGUUGUAGUCACUGGAAAUUCUUUGUGUGGAAAGGGUUGGUCUGCUGAUAAUAAUGAUGACCUUAAUGCUUCUGUACAUUCCAAUUCAUCACAUGGUAGCAGCAUGAUUAAGACACCAGAACUCAAAAGCCUCUCAUCUCUACCUGACACCACCAAUCCAUUUGGGGAAACUUAUACAAACACACCUAAUUUGAGAGACAUCAUGAAAGACAUACACAAAGAACUAAAAUUAAAUGAUGAUUUUGAAGUGCCUGUUGUGAAAGUGGAUACUGUAACUCCUGAUGAUCCUAUGCUUCAAGGACUGGACUUUGAAGUAGUGCCUAACUCAACUAAUGGUUCAUUCACUGCUCAAGAUUUACAAAAGAUGAAACAACAACUAGGGAACUUGUCCAGAGAACAGGGUUUGGACCAUCAGAACUAUCAAUGUAAAGGAUGUCAAGACUUGCUAGGCAGUACAGUAUCUAAAGCAAAAGUUUGUGGAUAUACUGGGGAAUAUUAUUGUUCGAAUUGUAUGGAUCCAAAUGUCUUCAUUAUUCCAGCUAGAGUCAUUCAUAAUUGGGAUUUCAAAAGAUACCCAGUCUCAAAAAAAUCUGCUCUCUUUUUAUUAGAAUUUCAACAUCAACCUUGGAUAGAUAUGAAGAAGUUAAAUCCUAAGAUUUAUUGUGGUGUUUCCGAUAUGGCUCAUUUGCAGGAAUUGAGGAUACAGUUGAAUUUUCUGAGAGCAUACAUUUUCACUUGUAGGGAGCCUGUUAUUGAGGAAUUACAAAAGAGAGUGUGGCCCAGGGAAUAUUUGUAUGAUCAUGUGCACUUGUAUACAAUAUCAGAUUUAGCUCAGAUUCCAAAUAGUUCUUUGGCUCUGCAAUUAGAGAAAGUAGUACAUUUUGCAAGAACACAUGUACUUGACUGCUGGCUGUGUAGUCAGAAAGGUUUUAUCUGUGAAGUAUGCAAAGAUCCAAAGAUCUUAUAUCCAUUUGAGACAAGCACAACAUAUAGAUGUGAUGAAUGCUCCAGUGUGUUUCAUGCGAAUUGUCUAAAUGCUACCAUGCCUUGCCCAAAAUGUAAGAGGAAGCAAAAUCGAACAAAUGAUUCAUCUUUAGUGGAUGCAAUUCAUUCUCAUUUCAACAUAUGAACACUUGGAAAGUCCAGUACCCAUAAAGCAUUUUAAAAACUUUGUGUUCAAUAAAAAUGUAAUUUGUGAAAAUUGAUUAUAAUGAUAUUAAGCACAAUCAGGUAAAACAGACAAUAUUCCUUGUGAAUUAAUAUGUCUAGUUGAGUAGAAAUGGUAUAAGGAAUGAAGGAAGAAUAGGAUAAAGGAAGCAUCUAUGAAGAAAGUGAUGAUAGAUAAUUUAAAUUAGACUACAACAUAUAGUCCAAGACUACUUCUCUAUUAUUGCAAUUUAGUGCAACUUCAAAGUUGUAAACAAAUUUAGAUAUUGCAUUAGACAAUAGAUAUCGUUUGUAAAUUAUUAUUUUUUAUCCAGUAAUUAUACAUUGUAAAUAUAGUUUGUCAAUAAUGCAGUUUUGCCAGACGUCAAUAAUGAGGCAUAAUAGAUUCAACUCUUAGUGUUUUGUUUGUAAACAUUGAAUGAA